AUGGAGGAUAGGAAACGGCCUGCUAUUAGCAGUGCCGAUGAAAUAGCCCCUCCGAGCAAGCGAGUUGCUGUCAAUGGCUCCAAGGCUAAAGAUGACUCUUCCGACAUGAAGGAGGAGAGUUGGAUUGAGGCCUACACAAAGGGCGCCAUCUACCGGCAGAUGCAAGAAUAUAGUCGAAAGGCUUCUACGUACGAGUCGCGCCUCGAGGAACUUCACAAAAGAUCUGUCCAUCACGACGACCACUUGAGACUUAUCGAUGCUUGGUGGCGACAGGUGCUUGAGGAAAUGGAGCUUCUUUCAGACUCGGAGAUCACUUCUACAACACCAUCCGAUCCUCCAUAUCUGAGUGGCGUGACUUUCAAGGAUCUUCAUGAAUUCCAGAAACAUCUAUCCGACAAAGGCAAAACGAUCAAAUCCAGAGCCGAGGCACUCCUCGGACGAUUGGCCUCUUCGCGAGGCAAGAUUGACCCCGACGCUGCUGUGCUGGAGAAUAAGGUUGCAAGUCUGCUGGCAACUCAAAAGGAAUACUUGUUCAAAUUGGACCGUUUGAAGAGUGAAAAGGACCAGCUCUCUGAACAACUGAAUGCUGCGACUUUGCGGUACUUCAAAGCGGAGAAGAAACUAGACCGUGCCAAAAGCUUUCAGGUGCAGAAGCUCGAACAACAAGCAUUUGCUAAUGCCACCCGCCCUUCUGCAUCUGGCGAUGGGAGUGCUGAGGCCGAUGAAACAAAUGGCAAUGCGGGUGAACUGUUGCUCAAGUAUGAAGAGGCAACUGCAGCUGCUACCAAGCAAAAGGAACAACUCGAUGUCAUUUUGGCUGAAAUCAAGACCCUUCAGGACGAGAACUCGACUCUUAAAGCGAAGAGAGAGACCUUAACCGAUGAAGACUUCAUUCGGACCGACGUUUUCAAACAGUUCAAAAACCAGAACGAGGAUCUCAUCAAACGUAUCAACACCCUCGAAGCUACAAACAAACAGCUACGGGAAGAAGCCGAAAAACUACAAGCAGAGCGAUCGAUGUUCAGAACCCAGCUUGAAGCAGACGCGAAUCAGGUGACACAAGAACUUGAAGCGGAGAUCAUUUCCAGAGAUCAAGAUCUUGCCCGAGUGCGAUCGGCGCGCGAUGAAUUGCUGGCGGAAACUACGCAGCAUAAGGCAAGAUUAGAACAGGACCGGGCAUCAAUCGAUCAAGUCAAGGCUCUGGCGUCUGCCAAAGAGGACAGAAUUACGGCUUUGGAAGCAAAACUUUCACGCCUUCAACCAAGCGAGGACCAGCAAGCUAUUCGCCCGGAUAUCGAGGCAUUGACAAUUGAUGAACUUCGUCUGCAAUACACAAAAUUGGAGCGAGAUUUCAACUCUAUCAACACUGAAUUCCCGGCUAUGGAAAAGGCAUACAAGAAAAUAAUUCAAAUUGCUCAAAAGAAAGCGAUGGAUACCAGUGCUGUAGAGGAACGCAUGGCAAUACUAAUUGCAGAGAAGAGUAAAGCUGACCAGAAAUACUUUGCCGCGCGAAAGGAUGCAGACACUCGCAACAACGAGAUUCGAUCAUUACGGCACCAGAACAGCAAGAGCUCGGAAAUCAUCGCCCAGCUGAAGGACCUCGAAUCGCAGAACCGGACCCUCCUGGGUAAUUUGGAUAAACAGUUGACGGAUUUCAAACAAGCAAAUGCAGCCCUGAUGACAGAGAACAAGAAGAUGGAAACAGCAAGCCUCGAUGCUCUCCGCCGUACUGAGUCUCUGAACAAGCAAGUUGCUGAUCUGACAAACCUGGUCAAGUCUAAAGAUGCGGCUUCUGCUGUGGUUCGUGAGCGCAAUACUAUGCAAGAGACUGAGGUGGAGAAGAUGAAGGUACGCCUCGAGCAUACACAGAAAGAUCGCGACAACUGGAAGAAUAAGGCAUUGAGCAAUGCGUCUGAAGAAGAGGAAAUGUUACGGACGUUCGCUCUAUGCACUAUUUGUCGUAUCAAUUUCAAGAAUACGGCGUUGAAGACGUGUGGCCAUUUAUUCUGCAACCAAUGUGUGGAUGAUCGCAUCAGCAACCGCAUGCGAAAAUGUCCUACAUGUUCCCGAGCAUUUGACAAGAUGGACGUUAUGCCCGUCCAUCAUUGA